CAGAAAUCGAAUCCCUAAUUUCAGUUUGCAAUCGAUGGCGCAUUCUCUAAGCUUCCCUCUAGUCCUUACUCAUCAUCAAUGUCAUAAUCUCGGAGCCUUUGUCUCUCCCUCUAAACCUAAGAGAACCUUCACAAGAAGAACCGUUAUUAGAGCCGUGCAAGAAGAGACACAAGGAGGUCCAAGAAGACUAAUCGACAUCAUAAGAACGGUUCCUGAAAUCUCCAGAAACUACUUCAAGAAACCGUCAAGAAGGACGCUCUUCGGAGGAAUCUCGCUGUUAGGUGGCUUCUACGUUGCGCAGACCAUCUCUCUGUCGUUUGGAGCCUUGGGAGUGAACGAUGUUAUAGCUGCGGUUUUAUGUGUUCUUUUGACGGAGUAUGUGACGAGAUUCUACUAUAGCAGAACCACGGUCACGUUCCCUAUCGCUCUUCUUAAUAAUUUUAAGAUGGGUUUCACUUAUGGUCUCUUCAUUGAUGCCUUUAAGCUCGCUAGCUAAGUGUAUGCUUUUGUGUACAUAAUCUUGAGAGAUAAGGGAAGUGUUGGAUGCAAAAAAGAUUUUAAGCUACAUUUAGUGUUUUUUUUAGUAAAAUGUUUUCAUAUUAGCUCCCUUGUUUGUGUUUUGCUCUCAAGUUUCAUUGAUGUCAACGGGGAAACAUUGGCCUUUAGAGCAACAUUAUCGGUGGUCCAUUAGCGAGAAAGUCCCUAAGCUUUUAACUAAAAACGUUAAGGGACAUCUGUAAAAUCUCUUAAAUAAGGUUCCACGAUAAUGUUGCCCUUAGGUCUCCAAAAGUUCCAAAAAAAUUACAUAGACAAAAAAAGUUGGG